AUGUCCGAAGGCGAGCACAAGCGGCAAAAGGUUGAGAGGCCCGCCGAGCAACGCACUUACGCCGAGGCCACCAGGCCUGAACUCAUGGCGGUAAUCACAUCAGCCAAAACUGGCUACAUACGGAGCCCCGAUGCCGACAUGGUACAGGUGGCCCUAUGUAAGCUCCUCUCGCAAGGAGCGGAGGAGUGCAGCGAGGAGGACGUCGGCCCACAGUUUCGUGGUAAACCUGUCUACAGUGACGGGUCCCUGAAACUGUGGUGUCAGGACACAGCCACCUUCCAGUGGCUAGAGGAUGCCCUUAGCACCAUCAGGCUGCCAUCCGGGGAGCCCCUCUCAUUGAAAAAUGGGGUGGAGGCUCCCUGGAGGGUGGUCUGCGGACUACUCAUCCCUGGUCACUGGGAGGAUGCGCGUCGAAUCGGCCGCAUCCUCAAGUGGCAAAACCCGUGGGCGGAGGCACACCGCUGGGUUGUUCACAAGCUGCAGCAGCACAGUGACAACUCUUUCGUAGUGGUGAGCCUCCCAGAGGAACUCGUCCCCGCUGUCCUGGGGCAUGGCCGGCGCCUAACCUUCCAGUUGGGCACGGUCUACCUCAGGUUCAGAUCAAAGAGGGGCCUGUACACCGAUGUGCCACCCGAGAAGACGGGCACAUCAGCGACGCGGAUGGACGUCUCCCCGGAGCCCUCCACCUCCUCCAAUAUUCCCGGAGAAGGUGAAGGGCCCUUCUCGACCCCCGUCUCUGCGGACGCCGCUGUCAAACCGGUGGCGACCAGCAGCGACGACGAGUGUGUGUUGGGGAUGGGAGACAUCCGACUGAGCGAGGACGUGGACGAGGAGCUGCUAUCUUCUGAUGGCGGUUUCCCCCUCGCUCAAGACCUGUGUGCCGUAAAGCUUUUAGCAGACGCGGCCACGGGUCUGCCUGAAGUGGUGCUCGCCUCUGUCUAUAUGGCGGAGACUGAUGUGCCACCACCGCAGGAAAUGGUUCAGCUAAUCAACUACUGCGAGCAGAACGGCCAGAAUAUCGUCGUGGCUACUGACUCCAAUGCCCACCAUCCGUUGUGGGGCAUGGAUCUCGCAAAUGAUAGAGCCGGAUUACAUCAAGAAAGAACAAUGCCAGUUACCAGAAGCGCAAAAUCGUACCCCGUGAAUACCCAAGAAUCCUCGUCCACUGCUCCAACCUGUUCGACGGGCACCGACACGAUCACGGGGACCGAAAAGACUGCUACGACUUCAGAACACACGCGCUCCACGUACGCCACACGUACAACAGGUGCAACUGUGGAAACCGACGCAACGAUCAGACAAAUCGACGCCGCGCCGACUGCCACCUCGCCAGUCUCCCAACUAGUAGAGAGACCCGAAGCCGGCGCCACUACAAGUGAAGCACCACGGAGAAUAUACUCUCCUAAAUCUGUUCGAUCUUUUCGAUCCGGUUCUUCGAACAGUCGUCGUAGGCAGCUAGCGGAAGCGCAACAAGAAUUAUUGAAGCUGAAAAUCGAUUUAAUAUCUGCAAAGAUCGCGGCAAUGCAAGAGGAAUCGGACGAAGACGAACCGGAGGAAGCCACGAUCCGCGAAGAACGCACAUCGGAGUGGAUUCGCACAAGCACUAUUGGGUUGAGAAGAGAAGAGCAGGAAGACUACACUGCCGCCACACGUACGAAGGAAGAUAUAUUGAAGGGAAGACCUGCCGAAUCACAGGCGCCGCCGCCGACGCGCGACGUCAUUCGACAGGAAAAAAUCUCCACGUACGCGGCACCUGCGACAGCUGGGACCGGGUGCCCCCCCACCAAUUACGCGGGGGGAGCGCCCCCCUCUACAUACGUCACGCACACAAGUGAGAGACAACAGCCGCAAUACUAUCGUAACAACGACGGCCACCUGGAACAUAAGCCGCCGAGCGACAUAUGUUACGAAAAGUUAGCAACGGCGAUCACUACUGCGGCACGAGCGAUUCAACCCACUACUGCAAGACUUCAAGAAUUACCCAUAUUCAACGGUUCAUCAAGCGACUGGCUGCCGUUCAAGACAGCCUAUGAAGAAUCUGCAGGACUGCUUACAGAACAAGAGAACCUGGCGAGGCUCCGGAGGAGCUUGAAAGGCACCGCUAGGGAAGCAGCUCAAUGUUUAUUCGUCGGAGCCACGUCCUCCAACGAAGUAAUGAGCUUACUGACGUCAAGGUUCGGUCGUUCGGACGCGCUCGCACUGGCCGAACUGAGUAAGCUACGCACCCUUCCACGUCUGGGCGAACAUCCGAGAGACAUCUGCAACUUCGCAUCGAAGAUCAUCAACGUCACGGCCACAUUGAAGGCGCUAAACAGACCGCAUUAUCUACACAACGCCGAGAUAGUGCGCGCCGUGGUUGAGAAGCUGCCUUCAGCAUUGCGCUAUCGAUACUAUGACUUUGCUGCGGAACAGCCAGAAUACCAACCUGACCUAGUAACCCUGACCGAGUUCAUGCAACGCACAGCUGCACGUUGUGGGAGCUACGCGCCCGUCGAGAACACACCUGUGGAAGACCGGCGGGAGCCAGCAGGCAGGAGACCCAUGAAGAGCUACCACACUCAAACAGCGAAGCCAGCCGCGCACGAACAAGUUACUACGUGUCCUAUUUGCGACAAGACGGGUCAUCAUGCGGCGCAAUGCGACGAAAUGAAGACAGCAGAUGUAGCCGCCAGGUGGGACAUAGCACGCAAACAUAGGCUAUGUUUCCGCUGUUUACGGACACGCAAAUUUCGCCAUACGUGUAAAAACAAGAGGUGCGGCAUCGACGGUUGCGAGUACAUGCAUCAUUCACUGCUGCAUGGCACUCCACCCUCAUCAAAGGAGAAGAAAGAAGCUCCUGCAUCAUUUGUUGUGGCAUCAGCAAAAGACAGAAGCAACACCACCGCGCUACUGAAGGUACUCCCUGUGCAAGUGAGGGGCCCCAAGGGUACGUGCAACGCACUCGCACUACUGGACGACGGGUCAACGUGCAGCCUGAUUGAGGCGGCGCUAGCAAGAAGGAUCGGCGCAGCGGGUACACCAGCACCCUUUUACAUUGAGGGUGUAGCCGGCACACGAAUCAACGUCUGCGAAUCGCAACAAGUACGCAUUUCUCUGCGCGGGCGCGACACGAAUGAGCAUACAAUAACGGCCCGCACCAUGAACAACUUGAAGCUAUCGCCGCAAGCAGUCCCACGUAACGUCAUACGAGCUUGCCCCCACCUGCACGACUUAGAAGAGCAUCUCAUCUACGAAGAGGGAUCACCUACGAUACUGCUGGGUCAAUACAACUGGCAUCUUUUACUCACACAUGCCGUGCGACAAGGAGACCGACACCAACCGAUCGCAACACUCACCGAUCUAGGUUGGGUUCUACACGGCACUAAGAGAUCGAAUGAAAGAGUCAACACCCACAAAGUACUCCACGCUGUCGCCCCUGAUGAUGAAGAGUCCAUGGAGCAGAUGAUGAGGGAACACUUCAGCCUCGAGUCAUUGGCUGUCAUACCGAGACGCAGCCACAACGACGACGAGCGACGAGCACUGCAACAACUAGAAGAUAAAACCCGCCGUUUACCGGCGGGAGGCUUUAAAACCGGUCUUCUAUGGCGUAACGAGCACGUUCGUCCACCUGACAGCUACGACGUGGCGUUAAGAAGAUUGGAACUAGUUGAAAAGAAACUCGACCGCGACGAGGAACUGAAAAAGAGAUACGAAAAACAGUUACAAACACUGUUCGACAACGACUACGCAGAAAUAGCGCCACCCCAUAAGAACCCGAAGACUUGGUAUUUACCCCAUUUCGCCGUCAUCAAUCCACAGAAGCCAGAGAAGCUCAGAUUGGUCCACGACGCCGCUGCCAAAGCCAAAGGAGUCAGCCUGAACGACAUGCUACUACCAGGCCCGGACUUAAUACAAUCCCUGCCCGGCGUGCUGAUGAAGUUCCGUCAGCGAAAAGUAGCGGUAGCAGCCGACGUCAGAGACAUGUUUCUUCGAGUGACCAUACGAGAAGAAGAUAGAGACAUGCAGCGCUUCCUGUGGAGAGGAGACGACCGAGAUCGCCAACCGACCGAGUACCGUAUGAAGAGUGUCAUAUUCGGCGCCACAUCAUCUCCCUGUACUGCUAUCUACGUAAAGGACAAGAACGCGGAACACUUUCGUUCUCACUACCCCGAGGCAACGGCGGCAAUCAUCGACAACCAUUACGUCGACGACUACCUAGCGAGUUUUGACGACGAAGGAGCGGCCGUACGCAUAUCCACACAAGUUGCGUACAUACACAGCCGCGCGAACUACUUCCUGCAACGUUGGGCAUCUAACUCGCGCCGAGUACUAAGCGCGCUAUUACCGGGGUCGAAAGGCGACAUACUACAACUGGACAGCACGAAAAUACUGGGCAUGGUGUGGCAACCAGAGGAAGACACCCUGUCUUUCAACAUCAACACUCACAAAACACCGGCGGAAGUAUACAACGGGGCAAGAACACCAACUAAAAGGGAGGCGCUACGCACUACGAUGUCCAUAUUUGAUCCAUUGGGCAUCGCCACUCCAGUCACCAUACAAGCGAAGCGCAUCAUACAAGACACGUGGCGCUCAGGCAUCGAUUGGGACACCCCGUUAGAAGCGCCCGAGGCGGACGCCUGGAGCAGAUGGCUGGAAGAUGUACGACGACUCGCCAAGAUAAAAGUACCGCGCUGCUAUAUGAAACUUAGUCACGCGCGCGGCAUCCAGUUACACACAUUCAUGGACGCAAGUUCAACGGCAUACGCGGCCGUCACCUAUUGGCGUGUAGAAGACGAAGAUGGCAACGUACACGUCUCACUCAUCAUCGGCAAGGGGAAAGUAGCUCCGUUGAAAGUGAUCUCCAUACCACGACUAGAGCUGCAAGCUGCCGUGCUGGGUUGCCGUCUUACACAGACCGUCGUCGACGAGCAUCAAUUUAAACCGACAAGCCGCUACUACUGGACAGAUUCCCGCACGGUACUGACCUGGAUACGCAACGGACCGCGAGUUUAUAAACCGUUCGUAGCGCAUAGAGUGGCGGAGAUCGCUGAACACACUAAAACGAAAGAAUGGAGAUGGAUACCCACCAAAAUGAACGUCGCAGACGACGCCACCCGCGACGUGCCACACGACUUCGACUCUAAUCAUCGAUGGUACAGGGGGCCGGACUUUCUAUAUAUGUCGGAAGAAAAUUGGCCUCAAGAGGAAGUCACGGACGUCAACGUCACGGAUGAAGAACGGGUCCACCUCACCACAGGCGUCGGCGCGCGACUGAAGGAAGCUCUACCCGAAGUAACUCGUUUCUCAAGUUGGAUACGCCUCAUGCGGACCACAGCGCGCGUACUACAGUUCAUAGACAGGCUGCGGACGCGCACACAACGAUGCGCCGCUUUAAGGAAGAGAACGAGGAAAAAUGCCGACGCCGACCCUACUUGGCGAAAAAAUGAUACAGAAAGCAAGAAGGCGAAUACUUCCGAAGCUGCGCGUGGAAAGCAAGUUUUACACAAAUUUAAAACGAUCGACGCAUCAUAUCUACGCCACGCCGAGUCGCUGUGGAUACAAGCACAACAGGAAGAGGCGUUCACCGAGGAAAUCAACGCUCUCAUGAGGGGGACCCCCUUUCCGCCCUCUAGCCGCCUUAUGAAAUUAUCAACGCUACUCGACGGCGAAGGCAUAAUACGACUACGAUCGCGUAUAGCGGCCGCGGGUGAUAUCACUGAGCAACAACGGUCACCAGCCGUGCUUGAUGGAGACCACCCGUGGGUGCGACUGUAUAUCGCCUGGAUACACAAACAGACGCACCACGGAGGCUUCGGCAUCACCACCAGCGAGGUACGACAGCACUACUGGCUCCUACGACUACGCAACGCUGUGCGAAGCGAACUGAAACGUUGCCGAGUGUGCCGCAUCAUGAAAGCCACGCCUCCACAACCCUCGACUGGAAACCAUCCGCCCAGCCGCCUCGCUCACCAUCAACGCCCGUUCACAUACACCGGGCUGGAUUUCUUCGGUCCACUCCAAGUCGCAGUAGGCCGCACACGACAAAAAAGAUACGGAGCGAUCUUCACCUGCCUAACCACGAGAGCGGUCCACGUCGAGUUGGCCGGAGAUCUGAGCACCGACUCCGCCAUCAUGGCACUCCGUCGCUUCAUAUCGCGACGCGGAUGCCCGACGGAGCUGUGGUCUGACCAGGGAACCAAUCUCCGCGGCGCGGACGCCGAGCUACAGAGGGCAGCACUAGAAGCUAUACAGGAAGACGCCAGUAUCCGGUUCAUCAAGUGGAGAUACAUACCGCCGAGCGCACCGUUCAUGGGAGGAGCAUGGGAGCGUCUGGUACGGAGCAUCAAAACAGCUCUGUACACCGUACUGCACGAACGCGCCCCGAAAGAAGAGGUCCUGCACACUCUAUUGGUCGAGGCAGAGCACACCCUCAACAGCCGCCCUCUCACCCAUGUAUCCACUGCUCCAGAAGACGAGAACCCCCCUGACUCCGAACCACUUCCUACUGGGGGGUCCCUCACGAAAACGAAACUUGUCCAGUUUAACCCCACCAAGACACAAGUUUACGCGUUCACCGCUAAAAAGACUCCAUUUGCUGCAGACCUUCAGUUCCAGAACAAGCCAUUAAAUAUCUCGGAGAGCAUCGGGAUCCUUGGUGUCGACAUCUCUUGUGACGUUAAAUUCCGUAGUCACUUAGAUGGCAAAGUCAAGCUGGCGUCCAACAACUGA